CGACGACGUCGAGCACACUUCACUACAGAUCACAGCGCAAAGCGUCGUUCGUCGCCUACGUUUAACAAAGCUUCAGCAGCAGCAGCUCAACUCAUCAGAAUGUAUUCACUUCUAGUACUGUGCCUUCUGCCUGUUGUUUACGUGACCGCAUCCUCUUCACCAUGUGAACGUGGAUGGCGAUAUUUUCCUGUGACAAAAUCUUGCUACAAACUUAUCGACGAUGAACUACCAUGGACUGUGUCCGAGUUCAAAUGUUUGUUCCAAGGCGCACAUCAUGCCUCAAUCAGUAGUGCUGCUGAAAAUCGGUUUGUUCAUGAAUUGGCUCACCAUGGCGAGAUGUGGACCGGUGCCGCUUUCUUUGGAUCCUCUAGGGUUUAUGUGAACUCCGAUCAGACACCGUUCGGAAGCUAUGCAAACUGGAAAGACGGUGUUGAGCCUCCAAUGAACAAAAAUCGACGAUGCAUCAAGAUGGACGAAAAUGGUGAAUGGUUCCUAUCUUGCUGCAAGAGGAACGCUUUGGCUGUAUGUGAAAAGCCAGCUGCGUACUCUUGGGAGUCAACGAAUGAUUUGUCUGAAUUCCGUCGUGCCAAGUUCUUCCGCCGAGCCUAAUCGACUACUAAACCAAAAAACAGCCUAUCUGAUAUAGUAACUAGCCUGCAACCUACUUGACCUCAUCUAUAGCAUAGCCGAAUGAAAACCGCUGAUGCCUUGGAUUAGCCGCUUUCAUACCUAAUCCUUGAGUUUUUGACUCAAGGAGUGGUCUUGAGGUUGUGUCUAGCUGAUCCACUGCUUUCUUCUACCUUUCUCUCAAAUAGGGAUAAUUUGACGUGUAGUCGUGUAGCAUCUCGCUUCGGUAUAUAGCUAUACCAUUAAGCGCCCAAUAUGACCCCAUGUGAGUAUAUAAUUGACCCGCGUAACGCCCGUAUAGGAUUCUCAUCUGUGCAAGCCUUACAUUUUUCGGUGUUUGUAUGUGUAUGCGUGUCGCAACGGAUUGUUUCGCAUUCAUUCUCCUGAGCCUUUGGCUUUUCAUUGUGGAGAAAUGUGAUGCACUUCGCCGACGCUUGCUUUGUCUACGAUUACGUGUACAUGUUUUGUGAUGGAUUAUAUUUGCAUUGUAUUGCCUUAUAAAUAAAGAGUUGUUAAAAU